CUGUCGGUGAUGUCAUCCACAUGUUUCACCUACUGACAGGUGCAGUUUGUCUGAUUUUUUUCUUCUUGAUUUGUAUCUAAAAAAACAUAAAAGGAUGCACUCAGAUCCAACGCUCCAGACGGCGCCAUCUGAGAAUUUGCAUAUCUGCCUGUGGGAGUGAAAUGAUUGUGGAGUGCAUUGGAAACGAAGCAAAGCGGGAUGGCUGAGCUCAGGUGGUUGCUUCAGAAGUAGUUCACCAGCAAGCAGCCGGGAGGUCAGGUCCCCCUCACGCCCCUCGGUAUAGCAGUCUCACCAGUCAGGCGUCCUCCUCCCUCUGGUCUGGUGUCCCGUGAACUCUCCUUUUUUCGGUUCACCAGACCAUGAUCCUGAUAGCAAACCAGUUCCCCUUUUAUUCGAUCCAUUUAUAAGGAGCCGCUCCUGGUCCUGAGCUAGUGUGUGGGUGUGCCCACGGCAUGGCGUUCUUCAGCAGCGGAUCCCGGGUGCUGGUCGAAAUCCUGACGAGGAUGCAGAGCGCUGAAAGACCAAUGCCUGUCGACCACACCUUCUUCGAGUCGGGAUCCAUUCGCUACCAUGUGGAGGCUUCAGCGUCGGAUCCCGAGAACGUGUUCCUAUCGAUAUCGACGCCAUCGCUCUCCUACGACUACGAGGAGGCUGCAGCUGCUCCCUCGUCGAGCCGCCUGCCUGAGCUGACCCUGCAGGAGGCGAGGAAGACGUAUCACAGGUUCGCCGAGAUGGUGGAGCCGCCGAGGGAAGGGUACGUCCUGACGCUCAAGCUCAACUUCUCCGGCCUCACCCGGCCCAAAGAUCGCGUCAAGGCCAUUAACCAGGUGUCGCUGCUGCAAUCCGUGGUGCUGAGCUCGCAGCUGAAGCACAUGCUGGGGAGCCUCGGCUCGUCGGGCACGAUGAGGCUCGUGUACAACAACCAGAGGGAGCCCUUCUUCGUCAGCAAGACGGCUGAGAAGAUAAACGCUAUCUUCCCCAUGCGUUUCAGGGAUGACACGGACCUGGCCAUCGCCACCUCCUUCUUCCAGGAGCUGCAGGAGGUCGGGAACUCGUUCGCGAGGGCGCCCAAGUGCAGCUGGUCGCCGAUCCCACCGCCGGAGCUGCGCGGGGAGAACGUGCACCACCUCACCACCAACGGCGGAUUCGUCUCCUUCGGCGUCCUGUCGCGGCACGUGAGGGGGAAGCCCGCCAAGACCGCGUGGAUCCUGCUCAACUUCCAGUCCUACGUCAAGUACCACAUCAAGUGCACCCGGAGCCACGUCCAGAGCCGGAUGCGGGAGCGGCUGGAGGCCCUGACGGAGGCCGUCCAGAACGCGAGGCUGCGAGGGAAUAGCGGCGACGACGACAAGAAGCGGUCGUCACAAGUUGUGAAGAAGAGGAGCAAGAGACGUCUCGCCAGCCUGGCGAAAGCGAGCGACAGGGUGCGCAAGGGUUUCAGGGCCGUCCUGGACAAGAUGAAGCGGCUGCGGCUGAGGGUCAGGGUGAAGGGCCUGGACCGGCUCCGGCGGCAGUUCCGGUGCCGGUGCUUCGCCGUGCCUAGGCUGCCCGCGCCAUCUCGCACCGGCAGAAGGAAGGAGCACUACAGAUACCACAAACUGGCCGAGUAAUCUAUAUAUAUACCGAACUUUGGUCAUCGACGACGUCGAUUCUACGUACUGUAUUAACUGAUGAUGAGCAUGGCUGCUAGUUUAAUAGCGAUGGCACUCCGCUAUUAUAUCUAGCAUUGGAGCGCAAAAAAGAGUUUAGAUCUUUUCUCCUCACACAGGCUUAAAAGGUUUUAGCCUCUGCCUAAUGUGGUAGGCUUAGAGUUAGAGAUGGACAUUGAAGACGCCUUAAGUGUCCAUGCUUCAGUGUUGUUGCAUUUGAGCUAAUUUGUACCUGUACUUUUAGUGCCCGUUUGGCACAGCUCCAGCUCCUGAUUCUAAGCGAGGAUCUGGAGGAGCCGUGCCAAACGGGUAUUUUUUAAACCGAUUCUCGUGUGAAGCCGAAA